GGUUUUUCAUCCAAAGCACGACAAGUCACUCCCGUCACAAUAUUUAAUUAUUUUAUACAGAAUGUUUUAAUUCAUAAGGAUAAUAAAUUCAACGGGAACAAUUUCGCAGAUUUUUUUUUAUAUUUGUAAAGUGUAAAUAAUUAAGACUAAAGAUGCCUAUUAAAGAAGAUGAGUAUAACUUAGAGGUUGAUAUGGAUGAGUUAGAUCUUCCAACAGAUGAUGAAGACGACGAGGAUGAUUACUCCGAGAUCGACGACCAACCGGAUUCCACUACUGGAGAAAACGAUAAAAGAUCCACCAAGGAUAAGAAAUCGGGACCAGGUCGCAAGUCCAGAAAAGAUGACCAAUCCGACGAACCAAAAGUGCCCAAGAAACGCGGUCCCAAAAAGAAGAAAAUGACAAAAGCGCGGGUGGCAAAACUUAAAAUUCGUCGCUACAAGGCCAACAGUCGCGAGAGGAACAGAAUGCAUGGCUUAAACCAUGCGUUGGACGAUCUCCGUAAACAUGUUCCAUGCUAUUCCAAAACACAAAAACUCUCCAAGAUCGAAACUCUGCGAUUAGCAAGGAACUAUAUUUUCGCAUUAGCCGACAUCUUGAAAAAUGGCGUCCGUCCUGACAGUGUGUCUUUUGCCAAAUCUCUCUCUAAAGGACUUUCACAAAAUACGAUGAACAUGGUUGCUGGGUGUCUUCAGCUGAAUCCUAGAACUCUCUUACCAGAAUCAUCGUAUCAGAAACCAUAUCAAUUUAUGUAUGAGAACGCUAUGGGCUUUUCGUCGGCUCUGAGUCACGAUCCAUACACCACCUUUCCCGCUAUGCUAGAACCGUCUCAUUGCGUACAACAACGUCACAUAACGUCAAGCCAGUUAUCGCCUUACCAGUAUUCUGUUAACCACACAACCGUGCCUUUAUCCACAAGUUGCCUCUCGCUACAGAGAAACACCAGCCCCAUUUAUGGCGGGAACAGGGAAGCUUCCUAUCCGACAGGAUCGAUGACGUCACAGUUUGUGCGGUCAUGUGAUAUAGGUGUGCCGUGUGAUAAUUAUGCGAACAAUAUGAACAGUUCGGGAAAUAGUUUUGGACAUCCAGUAGUAGACAGUACACAGGAUUGUGGCGUAUAUACACUACCUGAUGAUCUGGUCGACUUCCAACCUGAACCAGCCCUGGAACAGGAUCUUGGAAUGAUUCAUUCGACAACGGGUCUAUUUGAUGUUAAUGCCGGACAUGUGUGAAAUUAAUAAACAAUAUUUAUCACUUAAUAAUGCGAAGUAUAUUCAACAGUGUUAUAACUCGAUAGUGUUUACAGAAUAUAAUUAUUCUACAGUCCAGUA